AUGUGGAAAGCCAACACCACCAUCGACUCGAAAAUCAGCGAGCAUCUCCAGCAGACCAAGGAUGAAGACGACUGGGACACGGACCCGGACUUUGUCAACAACGUCUCCGAGAAGGACAAGCGCUACGGCAAUCAAAAGACAAUGGCCCCGGACGUGCUGAAGACACCGACGGCAGACGUCGAGCGGCUGGGCGAUAUUUGCGGAAAUGUCGUAAAUGCCAACAACUCGAGGAUCGUGCAAGAGUGGAAGGAGCGGGACCAGACCAGGAAGCAAAGCUACGGAGUGGACAAGGCCCCAAAGACGUAG